AUGAGAGAAAGACAGAGAGAAAGGAACGGGAACGGUGAAGCAAGGCGAGCCGGUGAUCGCGUAGUGGGACCAACAAAGUUACCUGGAUCGACAACAGAUACUUUUCGCGGCAGUAACCACCAAGACACCAUGACGACACGAUCACUCGCAUCGUCUCCGACACGACGACCGUCGACUGUCGGCCUGAUCACUGUGCUCCUCCUUGUCGCGGUGGCACAAAUAUGCAGCGGAGCAUAUUACGGAAAACUGAUUGGUAAGCUGUCUGAACUUCAUCAUGGCGUGAGCGGCGAGGUUUAUGCCGUCGACGCAAGGACGCUAUUUAUCAAGGAUUUCACCUACGAUGGCGAAGGUCCAGCUGCCUUCUUUUACGCCGGAAGCAGCAAGAGUCCGGGCAACAACGGAUUCCGAGUACGAGACGAGCGUGGAACCACGAACGUCCUUAAACGGUACCGUAAGAAGGACAUCACUCUGACCUUACCGGACGGCAAGACCUUGAACAACAUUAAGUGGUUUUCGAUCUGGUGCGACGAAUUCUCAGUAAACUUUGGCGAUGUCAGGAUUCCGCGAGGUUUCGAUUAUCCGAAACCACAGAAGCUGAAGACAUUGAACGGCAUACAUGGCGUCAGUUCGGAGCCAGUUGUUAUCGUAGACGCACAGACCCUUCUGAUACCCAGCUUCAGUUAUGACGGGGAAGCACCUGAUGCCAAGUUCUGGGUAGGCGCCGGUCAAACCCCUUCGCCGCAGGGUAUUCGCGUGCCCGAUGAGAACGGAAAGGAGCAACCUUUGCGUCGUUACGAUCGCAAGACAAUCGUAUUAACGUUGCCAGCCGAUCUGACAGUUCACCAGCUUGGUCAUUUUGGAGUAUGGUGUGAAGCCUUCGCCGUGGAUUUCGGCCACGUGCAAAUCCCGCAUAAUCUGAACAUACCGCCGUCCCUUAAGAUGCUGGGGGUUUCGCCACAGAACGUGCAUCGCGGAGGGCAGGGACAGUCGGGGGCGCUAACAAGUGCAUACGAGAUCUCCUCUUUCGCUUCCUCAUCGCCUUCCCCCCUCGCUAUCUUCCCUUCGUUCGCGAGCUCGCUCUCGCAACAGCAUCAACGACCGACGACCUAUCGGCCGCUCCUCCGUCGGGACGAUCAGUUCCAAAUAGUUCAAGCCGUGGACCCUCUGAUACCCACGCAAGCGGAGGAACUUCGUCAGGCGCAAUCCCCCGCCUACGCAUCCGCCGCUGAUGCCGCGGACUAUCAGGAGCAAUUUUAUCGCACGGCUGACGUAGCGUCCGCGUCGCCGACAUCGUCCCCGUAUCAUCCUCACCCAUCGCCGCGCUCGCGCACCCGCCUGGCCGAGCCGCAACAAAAUUCGUACGCGAGGCUCUUGCACUUCCAAGGCGACAGGAGAAUCGACUCGUUCUCGAAACUUAACUGCGAGGUUCUCGAGGACAGCUUAGCUUUCGAGGUGCGAUGGGCCGUGGCCGGAGAUAGCAUUGUCAUCCAACUGGUCGCAAAGCUAGAUGCCGGACAAUACAUGUCCUUCGGAUUGUCCGCGGACACGGAGAAGAGCGCGAUGGUCGGUGGGGACGUCACCGUGGCCUGGGUCGACAAGCAGACCCUGCAGGGAUACGCCAUCGAUUACUUUUUGGACGCGAAGUCUCAGUGCUCGGGACGUCGUGGUAGCUGCCCAGACAGGCGCAUACAGGAGAACACGGACUCGGUGCGGUUGUUGAACGCGGCGAUGGUGAAUGGCUACAGCAUCGUCACGUACCAGAGACCGUUGAAGGCCAGCGAUGAGUUGGACCAGAAGAUACUAACGAACGGAUCGCAGGCAAUAAUCUGGGCUAUCGGACCGCUGAACGAUCGGCAGGAAGUCAGUUUCCACAGCCACUAUCUGAAGACCGAUCGGUUCAUCGAGUUCGGCAGACCGCCCGCAUGGAACUGCCCCAUGCCGGAUCAGGAGCCUUCUCAUGGUGAUGCUAACGAGACGGCAAGCAGCAGUCAACUCGUCAUAAGAAGGCAGCAACGUGUAUCGGCGACUCCUGCACCAGCUCCUACGACCGACGCUUGGGAGAUACCACCGAUUCAGUGUAAUGAGCCGGACGACGGUGUCUUCUAUGCACAAAUGGGGCCCACCGGAGGAAAACACGGCUACCCGGCUAUUACUGGUCACGUUGGUUGGGGGAUCUCUUGGUAUAUCAAUGGAUUGCUGAUACCCGUGAUUAAUGUAGUGCGGGGCAGGAGAUACACUUUUGUCGUGGAAGGCGGUUUAGAUCCCGAUAUCCCGGCGCGUUAUCAUCCGUUCUACAUCACAGAUGACCUGAUAGGCGGGUACUAUCACAAAACAGCUGAGGAGAAAGCGAAAGUAAAGAUAUUCGCUGGUGUACGUCGGCAACGCGGCAAGGUCACCCCCACUGGCGUAGGUCGCCUCUGUAACUGGGUGCCAGAUCAGAACCAACCACCCGCGGAUGAUUUCGCGUCCUUCGGUGCUUAUCAGCGCACCCUGACUCUCGAAUGCGACCACGGCGAGCCGGGUAUUGUGGAGUGGACCCCCGAUGAAAAUACCCCUGACACGGUGUAUUAUCAGUGUUUCACGCAUCGUUACCUAGGCUGGAAGAUCAAUGUUCUCGACCGCUGCGACGUCAGCGAGGCGUCACCGGCGGCUAGCGAGAAGCACGAGGUGUACGCGGAACCGGGCCAGAAUCAUCAGGACCUGGAAUACGGCGCUAGUAUUUCCGUGCCGAGCAAGGUAACGCCAACGGCGGAGUUCCUUCAUCAACAGCAUGCCCAUCAUUCUCAUCGCGAAUACGGCCACCGUUACCCUCAUCAUCAUUCAACGACUAACAGCAAGUUAAGCGUUUCACAUCCUCAGCUACUAACGAACGCCAAUAACAAUUACGAUCGCUUGCAAUCAUCAUCGUCGUCCGAAACCUCAUACGAGGUACAUCCGAGGGACGCGCAUCGCGUUGACGAGGAGAUCCUGCCGCAGCAGAAGCAACAGAAGUCGCAGCAACACCGAUCGGCCACGAUCGUUCAUGAAUCGCCAUCAUCUCUUCACGCUGGAACUCAUCUCACCGAGCUCGCGCGGGAGAUUCAGCAUACCGCCACUAACCAGGAAUUGUCUAACCUCGUUGCAGAUCACCAACGACCAUCACUGAGUCAUGGGACAAGGUUGCCCUACGUAACAGCGGCCAUCAGCAACACCCAACUACCGUUCUCCCGAGCGCCGCAUCAUUACGCGAGCAAUUACCAUCACUACGUCCGUCAUCAGCUUCCUUCGCCUCCUUCUCGUUAUUAUCAUCAGCUCGAACCACCGAGGACCCAACUGAUGAUCAUCCGCCGACCGAUGACAUUAACGCGCCAUCCGAUGUUGCAGACGUUACAGCAGGCCGCCAAUAUGAUAACCACAGGCGCGUUAUCGUUGCCAUUCCCGUUCUCCUUCGGUUCAUCAUCCUCGCCGCGGCCGAUCCUCAUCGAGCGCAAGAAAUCCAUUUACCGACCACCCAUUGCAAUAGCAACGCUGAAGACGACGCCGAGGACGAUGGCUGACAUGGCGUCGCUAUCCGAGAAACUCACGGCGAAGAUUGACACGAAGCAACGUACGAAAUUCGAGGCGAAGGUAGGAUCGGAUUCGGACUUCACCGAGAAUCACUUGGGCCCCCCCUGGAAGCUUUUGAAACCCGCGCGCAACACCGGCUUCGAUCCCGAUUCCAUCGUCAUCGAGAGCGGCUUCAAACCGAUCAUCAGAAAUGUCUUCGACAAAGCGCCAGAUGUAGCACAGAAGAGGCUCUCGGGAAUGUGGCAGGACGGGCCGCUCAGAAAGAACGGGGAUUAUCGUACGAUCGACGAGUUCUCGCCCGUCUUCGUACCGUCGCUACCCGUGACAUCGUCCACGAUCGACGGCGGCAGGAAGCGGAGGAAAAAGAUAUCUUCCACGCGUUCUCCACCCCGUUUCGACGAUAUCGACGAUAUGGAAAUGGCGGCCGAUCUCAGACUAGACACCUACUAUCUGCCGCCAAUCGGGAGGACUAGGUCGGAGGAGUUGCCGUCACCUUCCUCCUCUGGUGUCUUAAUCACCUACGACGGUAAGAAGUUGAGGGACCCCACCGGCCUGGCCAGAUCCAUUUCCGACGCUGAGCAUUACACCAAGGGCCGGUUGACCUCGGAUAUUCUUAGUAGAACACCGCAGUUCGGUAAGUUCCAGGGUGAGCUUCCGCCGCUGAUCCCCGGAGAGAUGCGUGCAAACGGCUCGAACCCUCUCUCGAGCUAUGGGAAGAAGAACCGUCUAGCGGCCGUCGAUCUAUCGCCGCGUCAACAACUGCCGAAGACGAGCACGAGGCUGAAGCUGGUGGAGAGGUCGAAGAGAUCGCCCCUGGACGUCGGUCGCACGAUGUCCAGCGUGGACUUUCAGCAUGAACAUCGAGAACGCGACCGAAUUGAAACGGUCAACGGCGGAACACACCUCGGCGAUCUCGGAUGGGUCGUUCUAAUCGCGAUUGCACGUCUCGCGAUCUGAGAGAUCCGGCGACCGACCUCGUGUCCUCCGACGAAGGCACGCCGUAUCCUCGACGGGACGUCGGAAGGGAUCGAAAGACGUUAAUCGUCUUGAGCGCGCCCAUGUGGCUCGCGACGACACAGGAUCGUUCGGGAAUAGUAGACGAUAUACUCUCCAACUGCGUUAACACCGGGGAAGGCAUUACUAACCACUGAGAAAACCGCUGGUUUCCUAUACAGUAGUACAAUCCACCUGUCAAGCUCGCGUCUCGCAUCUCUGGUACUUCGAUCCGCCCUCGAUCGUGUUCUUUGCGCGGUGAUCAUUAUAGCCGCCGAAUACUCAUUUACAUUCCUUCCAUUGAUUUGGAACUUUCAUUUGCAAGCAUUUUUAUAAUUUAAUACUCU